UGCAAGAAAAUGGCUACAAAAAAGUUUAUGAAUGACGUGAACGACGCAGUUUCCGAAUCUUUGUCGGGUUUAUGCUGUGCUUAUCCGCAUCUUGAUUAUCACGCCUCGAAAAGAGUCGUACUGAAAAGUGACUGGCACAAUGGAAGUGACAAAGUAGCCAUAAUAUGCGGAGGAGGAAGUGGCCAUGAACCUUUUGCCUCAGGUUUUGUUGGUGCGGGAAUGUUGACUGCCGCUGUUGCUGGAUCCGUUUUUGCAGCACCGCCUCCCAACAACAUACUCCAUGCUCUUCGUUGUGCAUCGCACAACAAUAAUGCUGGCGUUUUGGUAAUAAUACCAAAUUACACCGGAGAUUGUCUGAAUUUUGGAAUAGCCAUUGAAGAAGCGAGGCAAGAUGGUUUGACGGUGAUAGCGGAUAUUAUAGUCGGCGAUGACUGUAGUAUACCGAUUGAAGAACAAGGUCGUGCUGGGAAACGAGGUUUAGUGGGUUUGUUAUUCGUAAUUAAGAUCGCUGGCUCUUUAGCCUUCAGAGGGAAAUCCUUGGAAGAUAUUACUCGGACGGCAGAGACAGUGUCACAAAAUAUUGCAACGUACGGGGUUGGAUUGUGUCCUUGUUCGAUGCCCGGCCAAGGCCCAAUGUUUGAAAUGCCAAGAAACCAGAUCGAAAUUGGCCUAGGGGUGCAUGGCGAAGCCGGGUACAAGAGAAUUGAGUGGAGAGAAGCCUCAAAAAUCGUCGAGAUUCUUCUCGACCGGAUAAUCGAAGAGCUGAAAUUAAUCAAGGGCACCGCCGUUGCCGUGAUAAUUAACAAUUUUGGCGGAUCCAGCCAAUUGGAGCAGGGAAUCGUGGUUCACGAAGUGGUCAAGCAAUUGAAAAACCUUGGUAUAUCACCGCUUCGCGUAUAUUCUGGAAGUUUGAUGACGUCCCUCGACAGUGCAGGAAUGCACAUCUCCGUACUACAUUUGAUGGACGAGAAGUCGAGUCUUUUCCUCGAUUGCUUAGACGACCAAACCGAAGCUCCUUGCUGGCCGGGGCGCACCUACAGUUUGCCGCUUACAGAACGACCUCAAAUACAGAUCGAUGAGAAAAGUGGAAAACGAAGCGCCCCGAAAGUCGGAAGAAAAUUCGACGACGAUCGAUUGGCUAACUUGAUGCGAGAUUGCUUGAAAAAUGCUUGCGACGCAAUAAUCGCGAAUGAGGAAAAAAUCAACGAUUUGGAUCGCGGCUGUGGCGACGGUGAUUGCGGAUCAACCCACAAAAAUCUAGCGGAAGGUAUUUUGUCGGCUCUUGAUGGUCUUCAAUUCCGUUAUCCCGCCUCGCUGCUAUUGGAACUUUCCUGGAUAGCGGAAGAUCGAAUGGGCGGUACGUCCGGCGCUAUUUACAGUCUUAUGUUCAAAGCUGCGGUUUCGGAAUUCGUGGAUUGUACUAACGACGAGAAAUGCUGGAAUCGAACUUGGCUUCGAGUAUGGAAACGUGCCUUGGCUGGUAUCACGAAAUACAGCAAAGCGACACCUGGAGACAGAACAAUGCUGGACACUCUGACUCCAGCGUGCGAAGCUCUUGAAAAAAAUUUAUCAAAUCCACUCAACGAAAUAGUCAACCAAAUCGCUAAAUCAGCAUGGUCAGGUUGCGAGGCUACAAAAAGCAUGACGCCCAUGACUGGACGAGCAAGUUACGUGAAACAAGCGGAAUUUUUGAACAAUGUGGAUGCCGGUUCAUUUGCGGUAGCGAUAUGUAUCAAUGCAAUCACAGAAACGAUUGCAAAAUUUUUGUAAAUUUUUGUACAAAAAAGUUUUUUGUAAGUUUUCGAAUAUUAUUACAAUUGGAAAUUUAUUUUUUAAAGAUCUCGGAAACAUCUGGAAUUCGGUAUUUACCAUGAAUCUCUCCAAUCUACUAUUUCAAAUAUAAACUCUACAAUGCAGUUAAAA